GGAGGAGCAGAGCGGGCGCUUCCCGGCGGAGAGGCGGAGAUGGUGCCGGCCGAGGCCGGCGCGGCCGGCAGGAAGCAGCGCGCCCUCGCCCGCAGGAAGGCCUUUUCCCUGUUCGUCAAAGCCAAGGAGGUGCCGGCCGCGUCCCGGUGUCCCGGCGGCGGAGAGGGCGUGCGGUGGCGGUGCUGCCGGCAGGCGUUCGAGGAGCUGCCCGGCAUCCACAGGCACGUGGCUCUGCACCACUCCGGGGACGUCGGGCGGCAGGAGGGGCUGGAUGCGGAGCCGGCAGAGGCCGGAGGGAGCCCCGCGGACGGCCCGGCUCCUGCGGGCAGCCCAGAGAUCUCCUGGGCGCUCCCGGACACGAGCCGCAUUAACCACGAUGAUCCGACAAGCAAGGUGGGAGAAGUACUUCUGUAUUACUGUUAUUGUGAGGUGAAGGAUCCAGAGAAACUCUGUGCUUGGCAAAAGGCUCUGUGCCAGCAUCUGCAUCUCACUGGUAAGGUACGAGUUGCUUCAGAAGGGAUUAAUGGGACAGUUGGUGGAAGUAAAGUAGCUACCAGUCUCUACAUUGAAGUUAUGCUUUCCCAGCCUCUGUAAAACAUUUUGUGUCAAGAGGAUUUCAAGAGGAGUGCAGGAGGAGCUUACUGUUUCCCAGACCUUCGAGUUGGAGUAUUUAAAGAAAUUGUACCUAUGGGCAUUGAUCCAAAGAUAGUGUCUUAUAAAGAAACUGGAAUCCAUUUAUCCCCUCAGGAAUUUCAUAGAGAAGUAGAACAAUAUUUGUCUCAGGCCAGUCAAGGACGAAGCGAUACCAUCUUGCUGGAUUAGAACUUCUAUGAAAGUAAAAUAGGGCAGUUCCAGGGCUGUCUGGCUCCAGAUAUCAGGAAGUUCAGCUAUUUCCCCAGCUACAUAGAUGAAAACCUGGAGCUUUUCACAGACAAGCGUGUCCUGAUGUACUGCACAGGAGGGAUUCGUUGUGAAAGAGGCUCUGCUUACCUAAGGAGCAAGGCAGUGUGCAGAGAGGUUUACCAGCUAAAAGGUGGAAUUCACAAGUACCUGGAAGAGUUUCCAGAUGGAUUCUACAGGGGGAAGCUGUUUGUAUUUGAUGAUCGUUACGCCAUUUGUUCCAAUGAAGAUAUCAUCUCAGCAUGCAGAUACUGUGCGCUGUGGGACCAGUAUAAACUUUGUUCGAGCCAGCACUGCCGGCAGCUUGUCCUGACGUGUCCAAGUUGUUGCAACAAAGGUCUUACAGCUUGCUCGCCUGUUUGUCAAGAGAAGGAGCUCAAGGUGAUCAGGGCUUCAGGACAGACACUUAAGGAGGAAUGUGAAUGCACAAGGAGGACGUCAAGGGUACCUAUGGAACUUGUCUCACCAAGGAUGCUGGACACAGGAAAAGAUUAAGCUGUUUCACUGGCUGAUCUGACGCGUGCUAAUGUGACGGGCUUCUAUAACCAGAUCCCUAUCUGUUAAUCAGUUAGGUUUGGGAAUCAUGAAAUGUGUUGGCUUGGAAAGUCUUGUUCAUAUGCUGCCUUUAACCUAGGAUAUGCCCUGAAAACCAUCCAUUACUUGCCUGUAUAUUACCAGAGUGCCCAACGCGCCACCAGCACUUACAGGAUUCCUCUCCCUGGGACAGCUUGUAGUGUGGCCUUUACCAUGGGGAUUUGGAGAGAGUAUCUGCAGUGUGACAGAGCUGCUCACAAUUCAAAGAAACUUAAGGGACAUAAGAACAAUUCUGUUCUUUUCUUCUGCAGGAUAUCAAUCUGUCUGACCUUCCAGUGAUCGUGCAUUUGCUCCAACAGCUGGUAUUAGGGGUUGCAAAACAGCAGAUUGGUCGUGGGUAUAUGACUAGAUUACAGCUGAAGAUAUUUUCCAUGUGCAUGCCACCUCCUGCAUCUCUUACUUUAGACCAGUGAGAAGCAAGGGGUAGUUAUCUGAAGUUGCUGACUUAACUCUUGUGUAAAAUGGCUGACGGCAGCUUAAGGACCUUCCUCUUGUAACUGGAGCAAAGGCCCAGAGAUCGUUCUGCCCAGCAAUACUGUGUGAUCUGUAGGAUGAACAGCAAAAACCAUCCUCAUUCCAAUGCUUAGUCUCCCUGGGAACUGUUGUUUCCUUCAACUUGUCAGUAUAUGAAAUAUCCAGGGCUUGGCUCUGCUUGCACUGAAAAAAACCUGACAGCUUGAAGCACUUUGAAACAAGCACACAAAAAGGGAAGCACAGAGACUGUCAAAAUACUGGCAUUAUGGCACUGAAAGUGAUGCAUGUGGGCAUGAAUGUCAGCAACAGCUAUAAGGAGGUUGCAAGAUCCCUUAUCCAGGUUAAAUACUUCAAGAUUGGGGAGCAUUUGGCUUUUUAAACAUGGUUGAGUUUUUUAAAGCUGCAAGAUAUUUAUGCAAUUUCCAGCACCUGUUAGUGGAGAAAUUGUCUUUGAAUUUGAAGGAACCUACAGCAAAUGAGCUCAGAAUACUUUCCCACAUGCGCUUUGUGUGCCUGAUGCUGUACAAUGUACAGAAAGGAUUUAUUAAUAGUGUAGAUAUGUCUGACUGAAAAAUGUCUUUGAGACGCACUGUCAUUCUGGGAACUAAACAGCAGUUAGUCAUUUGGGGUUUUUGAACUGGCAACUGCUUUUAAAAGCAAGAAACACAGUUCACAGUUCUGCAGUUGCUUAAUAGCAGUUAGGGGCUAUGUUGUUUUCAUACAGCUUGUAACUUUCUCCCACGGUGCUAUUAAUUCAGUAAGGCCUCAAGGUUUGACUAGCAACUUAGAUACAGGGACAUUGGUUCUAUUAAAGCCCAUGGCAAGCAUUUCUUCUUGUUUUCCAGUAUUGCCAUGGUGAAAUAAUGGUUCAGCAACUGUAUUUUGACAAUUCCAUUAAGGAGGCCAACUUUGAAUCUUACAGAUACUUCCUUUGAGAAUCUUUCUAGGAUAGCGCUUAAUAGUAAAUCUGUGAAAAUUCCCAGCAGUAGACACCUUCAGCAGAAGUCUAAGUCAGUACCAGUGUUUCCCCUGAAUCUGCCUCCCAGUCUUUGCUGGCCUGUUAACCUCUGUGGUUUUGAGGGCUGGCUUAUUUGUGGAGAAGCAUGUAAGCUGUACUUGCAGGUCUGUUCUAGCGCACUGAUGGGGAGUGUUCCAGCUUGCAUGGUAUGCUUUAUGGUGUUAGGCUAAAAGAACACAGUUUUGUAAUUCAGUCUGUCAGCAGGUCUAAGACACUCUAAUCAGUUCAUAAGGCUGUUCAAUAUCACCAGUACAGAAUGGCAACAACUAGAUUUUAUAUGUAAACUUUUGAAACAUCCAUGAUGAUAAAUAAGCUUUAUGCUUCCAUUAGAAUUUUUUUAAGUACUGCACAAACACACUUCACCUGUUGUGUUGGAUGUGCUUGAUUCUGCCAAGGUAAAUGCUGAAGCCGAGCCAGUCUGCCACAUGGUAGACCUGGCUACAAGGUACAAUUCUGCUGAGAGCUCCUGGCAGCUGGAGCAUUCUACCUCAAAGGCCGAGGUGAGCCAUGAGGCCUCUUCUGGUCCUUGCUGCCCUACGGCAAGGAAGAAGGGUUUGAGAUGUGUAGAUGGAGUCCCAUAAGUCAUGUUCCCUCUGCUGCAGAGAACGAAGAGAGGGGUAAGAGACAUCCGUAGCCUCCUUCUUGCAAGUUAGCCCCAUAGCAGCUCUGUAUCCUGUUUUCUGGAUUAGUUUGUUGGAUUAAUACAAGUAAGGACUUGCCAUGUGAAAUGCUUUGUGGUAGGAUCCAGGCAUCUCAGUGGUAAUGCCUGAGAGAAAGCACAUUAGCUCCAGGAGAGGGAAGGAAGACUUCUCAGCAAGACUGGCUGUUGACCUGCCAGAUGCUGCAGUCACAAAAUGUUUUUUUCCCCCCUUUUCCUGGAGAGCUGCUGGGACAAAUAGUGAUGCAUUUGCUCCUAAAUACUACCAUUUUGUACCUCCCUUGCUGCACAGCUUAAUGCCCUUUCACCACAAGGCUGAUGCCUCAGCACUGUCUGUCUCUGCUGCACAGCACUCGGCUGUCGGAUGCAUCUUGCAGCAAAGCGGCUCUGUGAGGAUCAGCUGAGGAACCUGGAAUGAUCCUGCCAGCUUUAUAUACUUUUGGGCUGCCAUGGAUGCUGCUACAGUGAAACACAGGACAAAGUUCUUGUCUUUUUUUUUUCUUUCUUUUCUUUUCUUUCCUUUUUUAAGAGUGGGUUUUUAUUGUCAUGUAGGAAGAGAUGCUGUAGAGCAUCUAUGGUAGUGCUCCCUAUUCUGCAGAUGCAUCUCCUUGCAUAUCUGGGUUUCUUAGCACCAUCAGGAUUUUCCAGGGAAGAUGCAUCUAUGUUCUUCUGAAACUGAGCCUGUACCAUGCAAAUUUGAUGUGGAUGGCUUAGCUGAAACUGUGUGGUUCUGAUUUGAUUGAUUUAGUUGGCCAUUUUGAAGUCGUGCAGCGCACAUGGAAGAAAGGGCUGUCUGCCAGUUCUCUUCAUUUUAGUAUGUUUUAAGUGUUUUUCUUCUGUAGUCUCUUCCUUUUCUGAUACAGAACUUGCCAGGUGGGAAAAGAAGCUGUAGUGAAGCAUUUUAUAUCACACCCUGGCACAUCUGUUAAGAUCUGAAGAGCAGUGGAUAUGUUUCCCACAUUGCUGAAUAGUGUUUCUCUGCUUUGCUGGUCAGAGCUAAACUGUCGGUGGUGUUGCGCACAAGCUCUGAAUAAGUCUGGUGGGACUUUUGCCAGUAUAUGUGUAAAAGGCUGAAAAACUUCACUCUCAACGGAGUUUAAAGGGAGAUUUCUAUCAAGAGAGAACAUUUUCUGAGGCUUGUCAUCUGACCAAGAUUAAGGCUUCAGUACAGCAGCACUUCUUCCAGGAAACUCUUCCUAGCAAGCGGGAUCCCACUCACAUUAACAGUGGGAGUUUUGGAUGUCAUAGUGCUGAGUCCGGUCCACUGCAUGUCUGGGAGCUACACAGGCCUGUGGGGAAUUCCUCCCAGGCUGGAUGACGGGUCUAGACUGACAAAAAGCAGUCAGACCAUGUACAGUGCAAGUUCAGAGUUGCGGGAUUUCACUUCACAGCCUUUCUAGGGCACAACAUUUAUUCUUGCAUUUAUGUGGACAUAAGGGACAGCAGUAAAAAGAAACAUUCCUAGCAGAACAGAAUUUAAUUAAGGACAUGGUCCAUCUAGACAAAACAGCAAAGAGAGAAUUUGACUUGUUUUCCAGUGAAUAUCUGGACAAAUGCUUUUAACAUAAGGAAACUGAAAGGAGUGGGAAUUAAAAGAGAAGGCUCUCAUUUGCUGAUUAGUUCGGCCAUCUCUGUGGGGUUAGAAUUUGCAUCAUAUCUCUAAAAGUAACUGUUUUCUUCAGAUGUGCAUUGAAGGGAUAUUGACCUGUCCUAAACCAGUUGAUUUUUGAGACUCUGUUUUAUAAUUGGUGGCCUUAAGUUCCAUUUAUGCCAGGGGUGGAGAUCAGGUUUUUUUCAAAGAAACACAGGGAUGCAUUUGAAACAGCAUCUCCAACUAAAUGAUUCAGCAAAUGUCGGUAAAAAAUGGUAGUUCACAAUUCUUGAAAUUAGCCAUGUUUCCAGAUGACAGAAGUGCUUGUUAAACAAUUGCUCCUCUAUAGUUACUUGAGAUCAACUUGGAAAAAAAUAAAGUAUUUUUUAAUACUUCUAUAA